AUGGCCUCCUCAAGCUCCGUUUGGAUUGUUUCACUUUUCAUCACAGUGAUGACGAGUAAUUUUGGAGUAUUUGGUCGCGCAGUGGACACGCAUGGAUUUCUGUCACAGUCGUCCAAAACUGCACAUGAAUCUCCCGAACCAACUUUACGCACUGACACGUCGAGGCGGUCGAGGGCCGCGGAGACGCACCGGGAGCGGUGCGCAGAUUUUGCGACACAUUGGCAGGAAAACACGCAACAAGCUCCCGGUGAUAACGGAACAUUGUUUCAGCUCCAUGUUCGGCCGUUUUCACCUGGAUCCUCGCGGGGUUUAAUUUUUCCAGGAAAAUUUCUUUUCAGCUUUGUGCGGCGGCUUUAUCGCUGCUGUCAAGAAGGAAUGAAAUGCAGGAGCGUUAAAGGGAUUCAAGGUCGCUUGAGAGCAGGUAGAGAUAUGGAGUUUAUCCUCACCAGGGAGAUUUUAUCAUUGACAAUUAGAAAAGCCGAGCUUCACCUUCAGCUUUCCAACCCACAACAUCUGGACAUCCGCCCACUGCUUCCAUCCAUGGUGAAGCACAACCUUCCUACAAGGUUCAAUGUGGUGUCGCGGGGUGACCUGGUGGAGCUGAAAGUGGAUCUGCUGUUCCUUUUCCAGACUCUGCAGGAGGUGGCGGGUGGUGCCAGACAGGGUGCCAGCUUGGUAAACAUUCGACGAGGGUCAUUUUUCUCCAGUGGGGAUCCCACAGGUGAAAAGCCCUCUUCAGCAGCUCCGAAGCACUCAGACAAUGAUGAGCAGGAGGAUGGGGUUGCCAACACGCUGCCUGCUCUGGACCUCGGCUUGAUUCUGAGCUGCAGUCAGGCCGGAUCGGAGGUUUCCUGUGGAGCUGGCGGUGUUCACCUGUUUCACAUGCCUUUUGUGGCCCUGUACCACAGAUGAAACCGAAGUCCAGACUUGACUGUGUCCUGCAUAGAAACAUUUUAUCUGCUCAGUCGAACUGAAAAGACAGAUAGCUGUCUCAAAACUUAAAAGAGAAAAAAAGAAAAAAAAAGAUGCACUUCAAUGUAAAGUCUAUUAUUUAUAAAUGUUUUUGCAAACCCUAUAUUAAUGUGUAAAUUGUAUAUAUAACAUACUGUAAGUUUAUUG